AUGUCAUCGUUCCCCUCGGCCUGUACAACCCUCCAUGUAUCACCUUCGUCCAGAGAACACACCUGUGACCCCGGCGGGGUGAUUUUGAGCCAAGGUGCAUGUUUGACAAUUGAUCAUGGGCAGAUCCUGGGACCCGAGCUCGGUCUGAUGGAGAUGUCCGAGGUUGAAUAUACACACCUCCAGCACCUCAUCCAGGUACACAUGGAGGCACACGCAGCCCCUCCAGAUGUGCCCGACGGCAGGUCUCACCCCGAUUCCCCCGUCAUGCCCACUCAAGCUAUCGACCUGUCGACUUCAACUGAUGAACACUAUCUGGUGAUGCCAGGAGAGAAGACACCGGCUUCUCACGGUGAGGUGCCGGGUUUUGUGCUGGCCAGAGUCCGAGGGCAGGACAGCCCGACCGAACUACGGGCCGACUGCAGCACAUCUUCACAGAUGCGAUCCAGAUCGUCCGCCAGAGUUUGCUUGGAGAAAAGGUUUAACAGCCUGUCUGCCGACACCCCGAGACCGCAAGAUAUCCAGUCUGCAGUUCUCAGCAAUUUUUUGACAAUGCUUCAGCAGUCUGCGGAGGCUCAAGAGGCGACCAUUCACCCUCAAAUGCACAAGUGGAUAAAAACUGACAGAGCGAAUCCGUUUGAGGUUUCCAGCCCACACGCAGUCACCAACAUGUGUGAACAAGUGAUUGGCCAUAAUCCUCAUAUGGUUGAACCGUACAAGCAUCAGGGUUUAAUCAUGCCCAAGAGUUUCUCAUUUAACUUCCGCCCGGAGAGGAUUGUCACGACAGCUCACUAUACAAGUGGCAGCAACUCAACGGAGGAGCAGCAUUUGGUGAACAUAGAAAAUGACGACGUGGCGACACCAGCUGCCUUCAAGAAGCACGGUAGCACCCACGGCUCUCGACACCGCAGGUCUGCUUCAGCUGGCCCAGGCUCAGCUGGGGAAUCAGGGAGCAGCACCUCGAGAAGACCUCAAUCUCAUAUGUCACUGAUCCAGCGCAGGGAGAGGCACAACAGUAAGGAGAGGGAACGCAGGAAGAGGAUCCGUUUGUACUGCGACGAGCUGAACAUGCUGGUGCCAUUUUGUGAGUCGGAUACAGACAAAGUCACCACCCUGCAGUGGACCACCGCCUUCCUCGGAUACAUCAAGAAAACCUACGGAGACACCUUCAAAGAAGAGUUUCAGACGGCAUUCGCUGAUGGGAAAGGACACUUUCUUAAAUCCGGCCCUUCUUCAGGCCCGGAUCCAAUCCACCGGGAGAUGGAUGAGAUACUGAGCAUCCCUCUUGCGGUAGAGCAAUGA